AUUACAUACAGGCUCGCACCCAACAUCCAUGAGCGAACACACGUUGAAGUCGCGAUCCGUUUUUAUUUUGCUAGCAAUGAUACCGUCGAUCACAUCGUAAACUAUGUCUACUAAAACGUUGUUCAUUCGAAACCUGCCGUUCUCUGCGACGAAUAAUGAGUUAGAAAGCACAUUUAGUCACAUUGGGCCAAUCAAAAAGUGUUUUGUAGUUAAGGAAACAGGAACUGACAAAUGCAGAGGGUUUGCCUACGUUACGUAUUCGUUAAGGGAAGAUGCAGAGAAGGCCAUAAUUGAAAUCAAGAGGUUUGGAAACAGGCAAAUCUUCAUCGAGUUUGCAAGCAAAGAGACGAAGAAGAAACGACUGAAGAAAGCUGUUAAUGAAGAGGUUGCACCAGAAACUGCAGGUAGUGCAGGAACGAAUAUCAAUUCUUCAAGCAGCAGUGGUGACAAGAAACCAGCAGGAAAGACCACUGUGGUCAUCCUCGGACUGAACGAUGGCAUCUCCAGUGAUGAACUUAACAACAAGUUGAAGAAGGAAAAGAAUCUACAGUCGGUUGAGUUUCCCGCUGCAGGGAGAGAGCAGCCGACGGCAAUGGUUACAUUCAGGACUAUAGGCAGUGCCAUCAAAUCAAAACGCAAGAUUAAUGGACAGGAGUUCAAAGGCUGCAGGAUGCAGGCGUUCCUGCUGGCGGACGAGGGGAAGGCUCCCACGCAGGAUCCGGGAUCGCUGAAGAGGAUGAGACUCAUCGCGAGAAACGUCUCCUUCAAGUGUACAGAAGAAGAUCUAAAGAAAGCCUUCUUGGUUUAUGGUGAGGUUGUGGAGGUUGUUAUGCCCAAGAAACCAGACGGGAAAAAAGCGGGUUUUGCGUUUGUGCAGUUUGCCAACAUAGAGAGCGCCAGUAAAGCCAUAACAGGCAUGAACGCACGGGAGCUUAUGGGACGAAAAAUUGCAGUUGACUGGGCACUGUCCAAAGACAAGUAUCAAUCAAUAGUGCAGAAAGAGCAAAAGGUCUGUGACACAAACACUGGGCAUGGAGACAGCAAAUUAGGAGACACGAGACAAGGAGACAAUGGGGUCGGUGACAGCGAUUCUGAUGAAGGGCCGGCAGACAAACACCUGGCACAUCCUUCCAAGGAAUCUAACAACAGUAGUGGAGAGGAGGAAGGGGAUGAAGAUGAAGAAGAGGAGGAGGAGGAUGAGGAGGAGGAGGAAGAAAGUGACAUGAGCGAUGGAGAGGGUAGCGACAAUAAUAAGAAAAAAUCAAAGCCCAAAAAUAGCAUUCAUCCUAACGACGUGGAAGAGGGUAGAACGGUUUUCAUCAGGAACCUCUCCUAUGACUCCAUGGUAGAAGAUGUUCAAGAUUUGUGUUCUGAAUUUGGAGAUGUGCAAUUUGUGAAGAUUUGCUAUCAUGCUGAUACAGGCCAUUCCAAAGGUGUCAGUUUUGUACAGUUCAAGGAGAAAGAGGCAGUAGAGAAAUGCUUAGAAAAAGCCAAUGAUGAGUCAAGGGAUGGCGGGAUAGUUCUGGAUAAGCGUAGGUUGCUGGUGUGCACUGCUGUGAGCAGGCAGAAAGCCAGCAACCUGAUGCAGGCCCAGAAGAAGGAGCCAAAGGAUAACAGGAAUCUGUAUCUAGCGAGAGAAGGAAUGAUUAGGAGUGGAACGCAGGCAGCGGAGGGGACACCAGCUGCAGACCUGGCCAAGAGAGAACAGCUGGAGCUGAGUAAGCGGCGGAAGCUGGCGAACACGAACGUGUUUGUCUCGACGACGCGGCUCUGUGUGCGCAACCUCGGCAAGUCCGUCACCGACCGGCAGCUGUCGGACGCCAUGUUGCGUGGCGCCGGCGCUGACGCUCGCGUCGUCAAGGCACGAAUCAUGCGGGAUCGCACUAGCGUCAACAGCAAGAACGUGGCACCAUCUCUGGGCUACGGGUUCCUGGAGUUCACGGAACACAAGCACGCUCUCGCUGCCCUACAUGCGGUGAACAACAAGCCUGAUGUCUUCUCAAACAACAAGAGGCCAAUAGUCGAGUUUUCACUGGAGAAUACGGUGGCUUUGGCAGCACAACAGAAGCGGCUAGAAAGAAGUCAGCUUAAGCAAGCUGUCAUAAACAAAAGGUCGGGAGAGGCACAGCAGCCACAGGGCAAACGAGGGAAGAACGUUGCUGUAGCAAUGGAGUCGAAGCAGAAGGGGAGAGAAGCGACUGGUGAUGUACCGGAUCAACAACGGCCUGGGAAGAAGCCCCGGGGUCUGCCGUCACAUUUUGGACCGAAGAUCAGACAUCGCAACAAGGGCCAAGCGAAACUGGGGAAUAAACCAAAGCAGAAGAUAAGCAGGACGGUUGUGCGUAGGCAGACGACAGACGAGGUGUCGUCGGUUACCAUAGAUUCACAGCAGGACAAAAAGAAGAGAAAGAGGGGAGGCAAUAAAAAACGCAAGCCCGAAAAGUCCGAUAGUCUGGAUCACUUGAUCAACAAGUAUCGUCGUAAGCUGGGAGCGGAUGAUAUGCAGAAGUCCAAGUGGUUUGACAACUAAUACAUCAGUGUGGCGGAUAAUUACUAUCCCAUGCUAAUUAUCAGUGCGACGGACAGUUUGUUCACCUACUAUUCUGUGCUACAUCAGUGUGCCAGAACUUUGUCACAUAUACUAUUCCAUGGUAUAUCAAUGUGACAGACAGUUGUCACACCAACUACUCUAUGUCACAUCAGUGCGACGGACAGUUUAGCUUC